ACUAUGAUGUUGUUGGAAACAGUAUUAAAUUAACAUCACCAGAAUGUGCCAAUGUUCUUUCUGAAGCAAUGGGCGAAAUCGUUUCAACUUUAUCAUCCAACAACAAUGAUGGCUUAAACACGAUUUCGAACGAUUUUAGAUCUUGUUCGCCUCUAAAUUUAGCAGAACCGUAUAGAUCUUAUUUUUUCUCCGGAUUAAUUUCACCUUUUGCUAGUUUGGUGCAAUACGCUCAAUCUAGCAGCAUCCAAGCUGUUUGUAACAGUAUUUUAAGUAAUCCAGGAAGUAGUUAUGAAAAGUUUAAACAAUAUUUUAACAGUUAUUAUGCUGGUUCUUGUAUUGGAAAUUAUGAUGGGUUUAUCGAUUAUUUAGAUUAUCCUUUACCGAAUGGUGAUUAUCGUCAAUGGAUGUAUCAAACUUGCGCGGAAUAUGGUUUUUAUCAAACCACUUCCUCUAACAAUACUAUAUUUGGGAAAAAUACGGUGAUCGUUGAUUUAUAUAGAAAAAUGUGCGAAGACGUUUAUGGGAUAACACCAGAAAUGUUAAAUUCGGGUAUAGAAAGAACAAACUUUUUUUACGGGGGUUUAAAACCGAGUUAUACCAAAGUUGUUUCGGUUCAUGGUACGAUAGAUCCGUGGUCUUCAAUCGGUUUAACUGAGGAUUUAAAUGAUGAUGCCCCCGUUUUUGUAGUAGAAGGCACAUCACAUUGCGCUGAUAUAUCAUCAGAAUCUGUGUACGAUAUUGCACAAAUGAGGGAAACGAAAAGAAAAGUUAAAGAGUUAAUAGCCAAAUGGAUAACCGAUUAA